CCUCCUCACCCAGCAAGAAGGCAGACUGUGGGAGCUAAGGUACCCAAAUGAGAAAUAAAAGGCACUGAGCAGCCAUAUGUCCUAUGGCUCUCAGGGAAUGAGGGAAGAGUUGUUUGGGUUUUUUUAUGGGUCACAUCAUAUUAGCUCCUAAAAAUGGCAAAAGACCUGCUCAAAAAUUUGUAGCUUGCCGCUGAAGAGGAACCCAAGAAAUGUGGUGGAGACUUGGCAUCUGGCACCCUCGGCCCCAUCUCUCAUGGGAAGGAACCUGCCAGAGCACCUGGGUCAGUCACAGGUACCAAACCAAAGAUGUCCUGGACAAGAAAGAUUCUACUCAUCCUGGGAUUCCUCUCUACUUUGGCUAUAAUUGCUUUAAUUGCUGUAGCUGUGACCCAAAACAAGCCACUUCCGAAGAAUGUUAAGUAUGGGAUUGUGCUGGAUGCGGGGUCGUCCCACACUAACCUGUAUGUGUAUGAGUGGCCAGCAGAGAAGGAGAACGACACUGGGGUGGUUCAGCAGGUGGAGGUGUGUAAAGUCGAAGGCCCUGGGAUCUCAGGUUACUCCCAUGCCACAGAGAAGGCAGGUCCCUCUCUGGCACAGUGCCUACGACAAGCAGAAUUGGCGAUUCCCUCAAAGCAGCACCAAGAGACACCCGUCUACCUCGGAGCAACUGCUGGCAUGCGGCUUCUCAGCUUGGAGAAUAAAAGUGCAGCUGACAAAGUGUUGUCCUCAGUAGAGAAGACGCUACGCUCAGCUCCCUUCAAUUUCCAGGGUGCCAGAAUCAUCAGUGGUCAAGAAGAAGGAGCCUAUGGGUGGAUCACCAUUAAUUACCUGCUGGGCAAUUUCAAGCAGUCUGGCUGGACAAAACUUUUAUAUUCCCUGAAAUCCAUAAGUGAGACAUCAGGAGCCUUAGACCUUGGAGGAGCCUCAACACAGAUUACCUUUGUACCAAAUGAACUCUCUUCUGAGUCCUCGGAGAACCUGCUUUACUUUCGUCUCUACGGCAAGGAUUACCUAGUGUACACGCAUAGCUUCCUCUGCUAUGGGAAGGACCAGGCUCUGCAACAGAAACUGGCCAGAGACUUACAGACUGUGGAGAACAGCAGCCUCCUUGAUCCAUGCUUUCACGAGGGGUAUCAGAGGACUGUAAAUAUAAAUGACCUCUUCAAAAACCCUUGUACAUCAGUCAAGAAAAAGCAAUUCCCUUUCAGCCAGCUGUACAUACAGGGAGAGGGGGAUUAUCAGAAGUGCCGAAGAAACAUUCAGAAACUCUUUAACAAAACCAAUUGUCCUUACUCCAGUUGCUCCUUCAAUGGGAUAUACCUACCUCCAUUACAAGGGGAUUUUGGGGCUUUUUCUGCUUUCUACUUUGUGAUGAACUUUUUGAACCUGACCAGCGAACAAAGCCCCGUUGCCCUGGACAAAGUGGCCAGCACCGUUGAGAGCUUCUGUGCCCGGCCUUGGCAUGAGGUGAAGACAGCGUAUCAUCAAGUAAAAGAAAAGUACCUGAGUGAAUAUUGCUUCUCUGGAGCCUACAUCCUCUCUCUCCUGGAAAAUGGCUACGAAUUCACUGAAAAGAACUGGCAAAGAAUCCACUUCCUUGGAAAGAUUGGCAGCAGUGAUGCGGGCUGGACCCUGGGCUACAUGCUGAACCUGACCAACAUGAUCCCCGCAGAGGAGCCUGCUGUGCCCCCUCUUUCCUACGGCAGUUACGUGGGGCUGAUGGUGCUGUGCUCCCUCGUGCUGGUGUCCGUGCUCCUGUUUGCCUGGCUUCUCUUCCACAAGCCCAAGUGCCUGCAAAAGGGGAUUGUUUAGGAAGAGCCUUGUGGGGAGAGGGGCCAUGUCACCCGAGCCGCUCAGGGCUAGGAGACCCCGGCAGAGCAGUCACUGCUCUCAGUGCCCCUCUCACUGAACUGUGUACUGACUGUGUGCAACAAGGGCAUUUAUUUCUUCUGAGUCACACUUGCACUGACAGACGUUGGGACAUCAGGCUCACCACCUCUCUCUGCCAAGGACAGACAAGUGGGUGUCUCCUCCUUAAAUGGGUCGUACUUUCAUUCAGUGAAACUUUGCUGCUUGUUGGGUUUUGCCCAGCAUUAUAAAGAGAAAAGCAGCAGCUCCUGCAAGGGUAAUCUCAGGUUACACAUCCCACUGAGCUCUUGGGAGCGAUCAUACACAGGGUGAUCCUGCUCCUCCUCUGAUGAAACUGUUCCCGAGAGCCUUUCCCACACCAGCACACCUCUGCUCACCUUCCACACCCUGAGCCCUCACAGCCCUACAGCCGGGUAUGGCCACCUGCAGCUGGUUGGCCCCUGUAGGCUGGCCAGACUCCCAAAUAUCACUCUGGGAAAAGAAGGGAUGAUGAUGAAGAAACUGAGUGUGCUGGUGGUCUUCAGCCCUUAGCUGGGCUCUGGUGGCUGGCUGCUCCUUUGGCAGGUGGCAAGAAGCCUCUUUCCCAUGUCUUCCUGAUGUUGUUGCUGGACCAAAGCUGGCUCAUGGUUACACUGAGCCAUUCCCAUGUCCCCAGGGAAGCCGGGCAUUGCUGAUUUCUGUAGGAACAGCUCAUACAAGCUGAGGGUCCUUGACCAGUAGCGAGUGAUUAUGCCUACAGUGACUCUGGUGUGAUCAGCAUGCCUACAGGUGUACACCUGCUAAAGCAAUCCAGUGUCACUGUGCUGAUCAUACAGCAGCCUGUGAUCUAGGGAAGAUGUUUAUUAGGUCAUGUUCCUUUAUAAAUAGACAGCUGGCAAAAGUAGUUAACCAGCAUGAGCAUGCAUAGGUUGAACCACUCUUUCCACCAACAAAAUCAGUGAAAAUUUGCCUUUCCUACCCUCAUGGCUUAGGCUUAUUGCAUGACCAUAAGACCCAGGGCUUUUGAGUGCACGUACUGCAGCCCAUCUUCUGUCACACAACUAGGGCGAUGCCACCAAUUAGGUCCGUGAAUCACUUUCUUCCAUUUUUCUGUUCCUUGGUCCAAAAUAAAAGAGGUAAGUCAGAAUUCCUGUUUUAUAAAAACAGUUGGAAACCACUGGUGCCUGUCUACCUCCCACGAAAUCUCAGAAAUCUCUUUUCCUAAUGACUUGUAAGUGUUGAAGGCCGAAAGAAAGCAGAUAUUGUGGAGAGAAAGGUGUGGCAAACACACCUUCAUCUGUUUCCCCAAGGAAAGCUGAAGAAGGCAUGGAGGAGAUCCGGAUAUGCAGCCCCAAUAAGGCCUCCGCUAGGCAAGCACAGACACAGACCUCAGAGUUUCCAUGCUCUCCCAGCCUAUCCCUCUGGAUAGUGCAGGCUGGAAAAUGUCUCCCAGUUAUUUCUACAUCAUUCCUGGAAGUAGGAGCCGUAAUAUAUUGAAAGACCUAAAAGUAAGGGAAAAAUCUACCCUGUCUCAUGGUAAGAUCUUUGGCCAGUUCAUUGUUCUUCCAAAAAUCUGUAUCUUAUUUUUGCUCUGAAUUAGCUGGCUUCAGCUUCUGUUGGAUCUUGUUCUGCCCAUUUCAGAAAGACUGAGUAACUCUGCUAUCAAAAUCCCCUUUUCCUUGCUGGUGCUUGCGAGCCGUCACUGUAUCAUAUUAAAUAGAUUGAUCUUCAGUCUGUAAAGUGCUCUGUGCUGACUUCACUUGUAGCUCUCGACUCCACUUCUUCGAAAAUUUUUCCAUCUUUCUGAAAUUUGGACACCAAAGCUUUCAGCAGGGGACUGUAGUAGAGUUGCUAACAGUGGAUAUAAAAAGUAAUACCCUCUGGAUUUGAUAUGUACUCUAUAUUCCUCAUUCAUAUACCUCAGGGCCAGGCCUGCUUACUUAUGAGAAAGUUUUGGGGCUGUUUUGCCCAGUCAAACUAUUGCAGCUUGGCCUUUUUUUCCAGCCGUUGCGUUCCAGUACAGCUGCCGUCUCACACCAUACAUCACUGGUUCUUAAUACAAGCCGCUUUGCCUUCCACAUGGCUCCACUGAAACAUGUACUACUCAAGGAAUAUUCUUCCAAGAAAGUGAUCCCGAUCAACCCACAAGUGAUGCUUCCCCACACUGUUUUUCCAUUGACCAGUUUUUGUUUUAUCUGCAAACAUUAAGAUGUUGGAAUUCAGGAGUCUUCCUUCUGUUAUUUUCAGCAAAGAUAUGUGGAUGAGAGAUUAACAGUAGGUUUUGGUCAUGCUGGAAAGCGUGUAGGAGGACUGUGUGAUCAGAGCUGCUCCAGCUCCCCAGUCAGCCCUAUUUGCAACACACCCCAUCCUGUCUCACCUUCCUUGCAUAUGGAGUCUUCGUAGCAGAGCAGGUGCCCUGGAAAAGCACCCUGCACGAGUUAACACAUCCUUCCUCCAGAUGAACACUGUGGAAACAUGCAGAAUGGUAAUUUCUCUCCUGACUCUUUGGGGAUCUGCUGUGAUGCUGGAAAUAGCAGAUCAAUUGGGAUAUUUCAGAAACUCCCAUGUGGAAGCUGGUAUGGAGAGAAAGGCUGUGCUAAUCUGCACUUCUGAUCCCUCCCUGCUAAGGGUUUAUGCCAAAGGAAAGGGUCAAGUACAGAACCUGGGAGAAGAGCUUCAGCAAUGUUUUGUAUCCUUACUGUAAAUCUCAUAGUAUUAAUAUUGUUAGCUCUUCAUUCUGGAGUCAGGUGAUUAGCUGGUACCUUUGCUUACUCCUUCCUGCCCUCUUUCUAUCAUUUUUUUGUUUGAGUUUUGGGGUUUUUUUUUUGAAGCUGUAAACGUGACUUGAGUGCAACUUAAAAGCCCUAAACUAAAAUAGAUAUAAAAUAUGUUACAUUAUUUUUAAACCUUAUAACUUUUAGACUGCAUUUAUGAAUCAGUCCUUCCAGAAAUAGUUUUAAGGUGAUGCCAGAUGGGCCAUUUAAAAACCACUUGAGCAGGCUAAGGCUCCAGGAAUUUGGUUGACCAAAUGCAUCCUAUCAGAGUGAGACCCUCUCAUAUCCCUGGCUGUACUUGAACCCUUUGAGAAAAGCAUGAUUUUUUUUUCUCCCCACUUCCUCUGCUAUUUCCAGACUUUAUCCAUGGAUGCUACUCAGAGUUCAGUUUCAAUGAACAUUCAUUUCUUUGCUGCAUCUGACCCAGCUGUUUUCAGCUCAAGUGCACGUUCCAGAGCCACCUAAUUCAUACAUGAAGAUCAUUCACAAUAAUCGUGAGAAUUUCUAUGUUUACCAGCAGUAAUACAGUAUCACUUCUCUUGUUAAAGCAGUUGAUCUGCCUCACUGAUAAUCAUCUGUGCCUUAUUUCUAAUUUGAUAGCUUCUGGCAUUAAUUUCCAGCCACUAGCUCCUGUACAGUUUUGCUCUUCUGCGUUAAUGCAUCUUUAAAGAUCAUAAGUUCUUGUCUUUAACAUAUUUUUCACUGAUCAGCUCUGCUAGGCUGCCAAGACUCCAGACCUUGGUCCUCCCAUUUUGCCACAGGAAGCCUGGAGAUGUGCUGCAGGAAGGUGGGAUGAGUGUUUCUGGUUUGGGUUCAAAUGUUAAAUGGUCCAUUGUUGGGAAGGUUCCUUGCAGGACGAGUUGAUAGAUUUGCAGAGUGCGGGAGCAAGCCGGUCUCUCUGGGUCCAAAGACUUCCACAAGCACCCAAGUGUCAGGUCUGAGGCAAAACUAUUAGAGAGGCUGAGAUUUUCAGGGGUCAGAAGAGCAGCCUGAGUGCCUGCAGCAUGCUCACUUCUUGCAGAUAACCACCAGUCCCCACCACAAGCUCUAAGUACUCUCCACUCUCCUCCCCAACACAGCCGGCUCUUAUCUGUGCACAGGCUACAGCUGAUUUCUUUGGCCCUACAGCAAAGCGGUGUGGAGCUUCUACUUGGAAGAAAGCUCUCAGAAGUGAGGCCAUCACCUCUGUGGUGAGAGGCUGAUUGGCAAUUGAUUGCUGCUGGCUGGGGCUCCCCAGCUUUUCCAAGAGCAGCUCUCAGCUGGAUGCAUGCCCUCUCCUCAUCCAUCCCAAUCCUUCCCAUGCUCUGUGCUGGGGGGGCGGGAUGUGUGGGCUCUGUGGGGCUGCCAGCUGCGUCACCAGGCUCAACAGCCUGUUCAGGAGAGGCUGGGGGACAGACCCAGGACAACAGUCCCUGCCACCCAGGCCACGUGCUCUCUUGGGGCUCUGCUCUGAUGAAAGGGAUCUUUGUUUUGAUGCACAGACAAAUCUCUGUAUCCUUAUCACAAUAAAGACUUCUGAACUGAUGCUAGAAAAGUUUUCAUACUGUUUUCCCAAUGAUGGGAACUUGCCAGUAGCAGGAUGGAGCUUCUGGCACUAAACCUGGAAAAGCCCCAGGAUGGUACUUCCUCUCUUGCCAGUUCCCUGAGUGGGAUCUGGAGUUCCCAGUGGAUGGGCAGCAUCCCCUCCUGGCAGAGAAGAGCACUGUGGGCCUUCACAGACUCUGGGGAGCCUCUCUCCUGGGAAAGCUGCUAGUGCCCAAACCCCAUCCUUCCUUGCUUUAGCUUCCCCCUGACCUCCCCAAAGCAGCUUGUUCUCCCCUGCUGCCCAGUGGACAGCUGCAGUCCUCUGUCCUCGUUUUCCCUCUCCCUCCCCAAGUCAGCACUACUAGCACCAUGCUGACACUGCAGCCCCCCCAAAACAGGUGAGGGAUGGGGCACCUGUGCCUCUCGUUUGUGGGGCCGUGCAGCUGGGUGCCUCUGCACGCAGCCACAGCUGUAGCUCCGCCAAGGCAAACAUACUUGUCAAAGCUCAUCACUUUUCUUUCAGCGCACACUCUCCUUAGUUCAUUCUUAUGGCUCUUAGCUUGAACUUUCCUCAAUUUUUCCAGUCUUCCUCUGAUAACAAUAUGGCUGGAAUUAAAACACAUCGGGUGGAGUCUUCCCACAGCCAGCUAUGGAGGGAUCAGCUUUUUGCUGCCUGUGACCCUCAGCUAUAGAGCUGAUGGAUGAGGGGAACAGAGCUCACAUUCUCAUUCCUCGUAUUCUCGCCGCUCUGGCACAGACUGUUUCUGCUCACCCUCUUUAUCCCACUGCCUCAAAGUCUCACCAUCUUUGAACAUCUGGGGGUGGGGUGUGGAUGAUCCAUCCCAGAUGUAUUAGCCGCAUUUUCCAAGUUAAGUCUUUGUUUACUUCCUGCACUGUUUCUAAGAACUAAUGUCCUAUAUUGUUUGUUUCUGCUUUCAUCAGUGUUUUUCAACAUUAACUUAUUAUUAGCUUAAAGCUUCAUUCGUGUGUUGUUUUCCUAUAAUGUAAUCAGAGUCAGGCUAGGUCGGAUCAGACAGACAGGACGUUGGCACUCGUCUCCAGCUGCACAAUGGAUGAGGAUUUAGAUGGACAGUUAGAGAAAGGACACGAUCCUUCUCUUCUAGCCUUCAGCAGCAUAAGAAACUUGUGAACAAGCAGUUGCUUCUGGAUCUGCAUAAUUAAUAGCUGUGCAUGUUCCAGUUCUCAAUUAAUCCUAUUCUCUUUUGCAUCCAUUUAACUUUGAGCUUUAAGAAGGUAAUUUCAUUGUGUCUUGUGUGCAAAACUCUUUCCUUCAGUUUGACUUAAACCUGCUGCCUGAUAACAGGCUGCCUCCCUAUCCUAUGGAUAACACUGACUAAUUCUCCAGACUUAGUAGUGGCUGAGAUGCAUUCUCCGCCCACCCCAGAUUUUGCUCUUGGCUCCUUUUUAGGAUCUAACGGUCUGCCUUUUCUUGUUUUUCACAUCAGUGUUGCUUUGUCUGCAUAGGAAAGGGAGUGCUUUUCUCAUGUGUCCCUUGGCAGCUCUGCAGCUCUAACCCUGCCACUGCUGUUGCAGGCCACUGAAAACAGCCUGGGAAGGGAAGGGGAGGGGGAGACAGACCAAACAUGGGGGUUUUGCUGUUUUACUACAGCCCUGCUUAGUGCUCCCUGGCUGCCAAGGAACACUGGCUAGUGCUGGAAACGUGCCCAACUCUUUUGCAUCGCCUUGGUUGCUUGGAGAGAGCAGCUCCACGAGAAUCCAGCAGCCCUGGGAGCAGUGAUGUGAGGGAGGCAGGGCAUUUCCCACCACUGCAUGAGCCACCAGCUCCACAAAAUACCACCAGACAUGACUUGCUGUAGAGACAUGAGCUGCCCUGCCAUUCCCAUGGUUGCCAUACCCAUACUCGCCAUGCCCUACCAUCACUUCAGCUACUUUUCCUUACUUUUCUAAAGGAAGAAGCUUUCUGGGAGUAGCUGGCACCUCCACACCCCCAGCACUGUUUCUUGUUACCUGAUUAAGGAUAGGUGCCAUGCCAUUCCUGCUCUUCAAUGUGUGUUGCUCCAAGACAAGUGGGGUUGUGGUGGGAUGGAGCUUAACUGGAAGAAG